GUAGUUCCCACCGUUCAUGAUUCAGUUCAUUAAUAAAUACAUUAGUUCGGUGUCAUGGCGGAACCCGCAGCGUGUCCUGCCUUCCAGCUCGGGAGACCCCGGUACGAGCAGGGCUCGUUCCUCGGCCGGCUGAGACACGUCAUAGACAUCAUUGACCCCAGCACCCUGUUUGUGUCCGAGAAACGAUUGGAAGAAUGCGUGAAACUGCUCGAUGACCACAAACAUGGCGAGCUUCCACCUGGAAUGUCCGAUCUUCAGCUGUGGGAAGCCCAGAAGAUCAAGCAGGCCAUCAUUCACCCCGACACAGGAGAGAAGAUCUUCAUGCCAUUUCGAAUGUCAGGUUAUGUACCAUUUGGAACGCCGAUUGUCAUUGGCCUUCUUCUUCCAAAUCAGACUGUGGUGUCUACCAUUAUAUGGCAGUGGCUGAACCAGAGUCAUAAUGCCUGUGUGAAUUUUGCCAACCGCAACGCCACAAAGCCAACGCCAACAUCCAAGUUUCUUCAAGGGUAUGUCGGAGCUGUGACCAGCGCCGUUUCUAUUGCAGUGGGGCUGAGUGUGCUGAUUAAGAAGGCCAACAAGCUGAGUCCUGCCACCAGAAUGAUAAUUCAGAGACUGGUCCCCUUCCCAGCUGUCGCUAGUGCAAACAUCUGUAACGUGGGCCUGAUGAGACACAACGAGCUGUCGGAAGGCAUUGAUGUGGUGGACGACAACGGCAACGUGGUGGGAUCCUCCAAAAUUGCUGCUAGACAUGCGAUCACGGAGACCGCCUUCACACGGGUGGUCCUCCCGAUGCCGAUCUUUGUCCUGCCCCCCAUCAUCAUGUCCUACCUGGAGAGGCUGCGGUUCCUGCAGAGCAACCGCCGGUUACUGCUGCCCGUCCACGGCCUCGUGUGCCUGGUUACCUUCGGCCUCUCCCUGCCCGUGGCCCUCAGCCUGUUCCCCCAGAUGUCUCAGAUUGAGGCGUCUUGCCUAGAGCCGGAGAUCGCCAUGGCAACAGAUUGCAAGGUGUUGACCUACAACAAGGGUUUAUGA